AUGUUAUGUGGUUCCCCUUGGCAUUUGUGCGAUCAUGUUUUCUUUAUCAUCCAUAUGGAGACUGAAUCACAUUGGAUUCUUGGUCGAUUGAAUAUUGAGGAAAGGCGUGUGUACAUGUACAACUCCUUGUCGACUGCUAUGAAAGAUAGUGCUGCUAUCAAAGCUUGUCAGCCAUUUGCGGUGUUGUUGCCCCACUUUUUUGCUUUGUUUGAUGAGUUCAAAAAGGAAAACAAACCGGUUUGUUUAGACCCUUUCGAAGUUGUUAAGGUUGAUGGUUUGCCUCAACAAACCUCGAAUGACUGUGGUUGUUUCGUUGCAUCGUUCGCCGAAUACUUUAUUGAUAUGAAACCGAUUCCUCCCAUAUUUGAUGUUGAGAAACACCGUGAUAGGCUUGCUGUGUUGUUCUAUAAGUAUGCUCGCAUGAAAGAAGUGGAAUUUAUUGAUAGUGAAGAUGAGGCUCCUCCAAAGGGUCCAAAGAAGAAUUUGUCUUAGUUAUCUAUUGGUUGUUGUUGGAAAUACUACUUUUUUUUAUGUAGCUUUUGUUUUUUCUAUUACCAGAUUAUGUUCAUAAUCAUAGACAAGUUGUUGUUUCUAUCAUGUUUUUUUCUUAAUUGGAAUUGGUUUUUAAUUUGUUCA